AAAAUACAACUCCCUAAAUUCCUUGCAGUGGGCUGUGCGAUUUGACAAGUAGCCAAUGAGCGCCGUGACCGCUGUCACGUGACUCGGGCUGAGCGCUUCCUGCGGCGGUGCAAAACAGACUGGCGAUCUGAGGAACGGAGAAUUGCAGUUUCUGGUAGCGGUGGAAGAAGCAAACCCAGUGAUGGCCUCGGCUCCUAUAGCACCUUACAACUCCAGUCCUCUGGGGAACAGCUCCAGCCAAAACGCGUCCAGAGAGAGCCUGAAGAUGGAGCCGCUGGCAGAUGUUGCCGUGCUGCCGGGAGAAGAGCGAGUGAUCGAUAAAGACAUCAUCUAUAUCUGCCCCUUUAAUGCUGCAGUCAAAGGAAAGGUUUCCAUCACCAACUACAGACUCUACUUCAAGAACACUGACUCAGAGACACCAGUUACCCUGAACGUGCCCUUAGGUGUCAUAAGCCGCAUAGAGAAGAUGGGCGGAGCCACCAGUCGAGGAGAGAACUCCUAUGGGUUAGAAAUCACCUGCAAGGACAUGAGGAACCUGCGAUUUGCUCUGAAGCAAGAAGGCCACAGUCGAAGAGACAUCUUUGAGAUUCUUUUCAAAUAUGCUUUCCCACUGUCUCAUGGAAUGCAGCUCUUUGCCUUUCUGAGUCAGGAAAAGUAUGAGGAGAAUGGCUGGAAUGUUUAUGAGCCCAUGGAAGAGUACAGGAGGCAGGGUCUACCCAAUAGUGAGUGGAGGGUCACUUUCAUCAAUAAGAACUACGAGCUGUGUGACACUUAUCCCACAAUUCUUGUUGUUCCAUACAAGGCCACAGAGGAAGAUCUUAGAAGAGUCGCUACCUUCCGCUCCCGCAGCCGCAUUCCGGUGUUGUCGUGGUUCCAUAAAGAGAACCAUGCUGUGAUCAUGCGGUGUAGCCAACCUUUGGUGGGCAUGAGUGGCAAGCGCAACAAAGACGAUGAACGUUAUUUGGACCUCAUCCGUGAGGCCAAUGGCACUAUCAAACUCACCAUCUAUGACGCCAGGCCUAACGUCAACGCUGUGGCAAACAAGGCCACGGGUGGGGGUUACGAGGGUGACGAUGCAUAUCAGAACGCUGAGCUGGUCUUUCUAGACAUCCAUAAUAUCCAUGUCAUGAGAGAGUCACUGAAGAAGCUAAAGGACAUUGUCUACCCCAAUGUGGAGGAGUCUCAUUGGCUCUCCAGCCUGGAGUCCACCCACUGGCUAGAGCAUAUUAAGUUGGUGUUAUCAGGGGCCAUCCAGGUGGCUGAUAAGGUGUCUUCUGGGAGCUCUGUGGUGGUGCACUGCAGUGAUGGCUGGGACCGCACAGCUCAGCUCACCUCUUUGGCCAUGCUGAUGCUGGACUCCUACUACAGGACUCUCAGGGGCUUCCAGGUGCUGCUGGAGAAGGAAUGGAUCGGCUUCGGACACAAGUUCGCCUCAAGAAUCGGCCAUGGAGACAAAAACCAUGCGGAUCAGGACAGGUCCCCUAUCUUUUUGCAAUUUAUUGACUGCGUGUGGCAAAUGACUAAACAGUUCCCAACAGCGUUUGAGUUUAAUGAACGUCUCCUGGUAGUAAUCUUGGAUCACCUGUACAGCUGCCGCUUUGGCACUUUCCUCUACAACUGUGAGAGCGCCCGUGAAAGCAAUAAUGUUCGGAUGAAGACGGUGUCUCUGUGGUCUUGGAUCAACAGUGACACAUCCUUGUAUAUAAACCCCUUCUACACACCAGAGUCAAGUCGUGUGCUUUACCCUGUAGCCAGCAUGCGCCACCUAGAGCUGUGGGUGACUUAUUACAUCCGGUGGAACCCUCGCAUACAACACCAGCAACAGAGUCCAGUGGAGCAGCGCUAUAAGGAGCUACUGGCGUUGAGGGAUCAGUACCUGAAGAAACUGGAGGAGCUACAGCUCUCAGACUCCGCCCCAUCCUCCACUCACUUGACAAACAGCUCCACCCCCAAUGCUGCCACGGCCAAUCAGCACAUCACACACUUACAGACACCGUUUUGAUCACACUCACAAACUGUUACAGACAUUGGACAUUUGUACAUAGCAAUAGCGAUAAUUAUGGUAACACGAUUAGUAGUGAUGUCGACGAUAACGAGUAACAAACCAAUUAUGCAAUAAACCACAGUACGGCCUUCAUUGCGGGAAAAAAAAAAAAAAAAAAAAGUUAAGCGAAAAGAGAAGCCUUAAGUGACAGUGCUGUUUUUUCGUGCCGCAUACCAUGGACGAAAGGGAGUCAAAUAGUGCGUGUGUGUAUGCCAGAAAACACUUGGAUACUGUUUGGAAUGGUCAAGUUAUUGAAAAGCGAUUGAGUCGGACGGACGUAUGUGAUUUAUGUGUUGCGUUAUGUGUGUUAUUAGUGUUCUAAAGUGUCUAGAUCUGAGUGGAGAACAUUUUUGAAUGUUGAGCACUGGUAAGAAUCUGUUUAAAAGGUAUUCAAAGAGAGCUGGUCUUGUUUACGGAGUUGUAAACUUUAGUCUACAUUAUGUCCAUUCAAUGUGGUAUCAAGCAGGGUCUUCAACCUUUGAUAGAGCAAUCAUUUCAUUAGUCUGUAUGCUUGGUUUAACUGUUUGACUCAAAUGGCUGACCUCAUAAGGUAAAGGAAGCAAAUAUGUUGUCUAAAUGUCGUACUUUUUUCCUCCACGAAUGUCAUUCGCUGCUCAGGUGAGUGUACUAAAUGGAAGGAAAAUGUUCUGAAAUGAUAAACAUUAGUUUGUUGAACAGAACCAGGGUUUUUUAAGCGAGCGACACAGAUACCGUUUCGGUGCCUUUACUCAUAUUUGAGGUUUUCAGGUGUAUAUUUUAUAGAGAAACAUUUUUUUUUUCUUUAUGGCAGCAUCAGUAUAGAAUGAUUUCCAUUCACUGUGCAUUUGAGCGACAGGUUGUUUCCUCUCCUGCUUAGGUCUGGGAGUUGAACAAUUUUAAGCCCUACAUGUUAGUGGCUUUGGGUUAUACCCCUUAAAAAUGACAUGCAGUUGCCACGGAAAGCAAAUACUUUGUAUAAAAGCAAAUAUUCUGAUGGAGCUGACAGUAUUGCUCCCAAUGAGACGUAGCUAGUCUGCAAAGUCUUUUGGGUAGAAUAGAAUGGCUGGGAUAUAAAGCUGUGUGUUUGUGCUGUCCCAAAUUCAGUCUUUUCUUGAGGAAGAGAGCGGUGACUGACACGGGGGGGAUAGAGGAGAGUUAUUGAUAAUGCUGCCUCGGAAAACUGAACUUCUAAAGACUUUGACCUCAAUGAGGAUAUGAAGUUUAUCCAUAGUGUGCGAAGAAGACAAAAGUUCAAUAAACAAACAAACCAUUUGCGGUUGGUUGUUUUUAGGGGGGGAAAUAAGACAGAAAUCUAUUUUUUAUUUUGUACAAGUACCAGAACUAUGUAAUUACCUCAAACAAAAACCUAUUUUACUGUUGAAAGUUCUAUUGUUGUAAAAUAUAAUUAUUUUAUUCAGUGUAAAAUUUGACGGUUUUAUAAAAAGGAAAGUAAUUAGAAAAAAUUUUUUGGUUGGUUUUGGUAAUUGGUAACUGUAGGUAAUUUGUUGAACAUCCUCAUAUAUAUAUAUUUCUUUUCUUUUUUUAAUGGGCAUUUAGUUUUGCUUUGUAACAUUUUAAAGAUCUGGAAAUGGUCUGAUUCUGUAGUAGGGAAUUCUUUUGCUCUCAAUCCCAUUGCUCAGUGCAUGAGAUUGAAGGAAAGCUGCACUCUGAUUUUUUUUUUGUCUUGACAUUAUCUUAAGUUAGAUAUAAUAGUUUAAAGGGAUCUAUUUGUGUUUUGUAUUCCCACAUGUAUCCUUUAUUUGUUGGCCAGCUAUUGUUCUGUACAUAAUGCUGAUUAAAUUAAUUUAAAGAGUUCACAUGGAAAA